AUACUUUUGGUUCAGAUUAAGUUAUGUUUGCACUCUUUUGUCGGGCAGUUUUGUCGCGUGUGUAAUUUAAGUACUGAGACUCUGAUAGCUUUAAAUCAUGGAGGAUUCAGACACCAGCGCUAUUCUCGCGGAGGACUCUGAGUCGGUUGACUCCAGGACCGUGUGUUGUUGUUUUAGGGUGACAGAAAACAAAGCUCCUCCGCCGUGCUCGUGCCCGUUGUCUGUGACCGUGGAGCCCGUGAUGUUUCUGUCCACCUUCUCCAUCGUUCUGCAGGCUCCUCUGUGCACGCAGUACCUGUGGGAUCGCCUCAGUGAAGAUGUGGGUUAUAACGGAACAAAGACAGGGGGGUGCAAUGCUUCUACAGUCCACGACCCUCUGCAGACGGAAGUGGAGACUCUGACUGCACACUGGAGCCUGUACAUCAAUUUAGGCGGCUUUCUAGUUGGACUGUUUAUGGUGAUCCUGCUGGGCUCAUGGAGUGACCGUGCGGGCCGGCGUCUGGUUCUGAUCAUUCCUUCUCUUGGCCUGGCCGUUCAGGCAGCUGUGUAUCUGACAGUAAUGUACCUGAAGCUGCCCGUGUUCUGGUUCCUCAUUGGGAGGAUCUGCAGUGGCCUCUCAGGGGACUUCAAUGCUAUAUUGGCUGGUUGCUUUGCAUAUGUGGCUGACACGAGUGAAAGGGGCUCUCGCACUUUUCGUGUGGCCAUACUAGAGGCUUGCCUGGGAUUGGCUGGCAUGUUUGCAAGCAUCAUUGGAGGACAGUGGAGACGGGCCCAAGGGUAUAUCAACCCCUUCUGGUUAGUCCUGGCCACAAAUCUCACAGCGGCCCUCUACGCCUACCUGUUUGUGCCUGAAACGGUCACCCCUGACCCUCAAGCCAGGCUCUUCUCCACCAGACACCACCAGGCCGUCUGUCGCCUCUAUUCUUCUGAUGCGCCGCCUGGACGAAGGUCUAAGCUGUGGCUGUACAUCUUCUGCUUCUUCUUGGUGGUGACUGUCCAUUUGGGCUGCAGUGAUCUGUAUGUGCUCUAUGAGCUGAGCGCGCCGCUCUGCUGGGGCCCGGAGCUGAUCGGCUAUGGCUCUGCAGCCAAACAUCUGGCUUACCUGACCAGCUUGACAGGACUGAGGGCCAUGCAGUGCUGUUUGGAGGAUUCUUGGGUGGCUUUGGUGGGCCUUACCUCUAAUAUGGUGGGCUUGGUUGUGAUUUCGGUGGCUGACACUACAGCGCUGAUGUUUACAGGAUAUGGCCUCUGCUUUCUUUUUAUGGCCUCUACUCCAGUCCUGAGGUCUAAACUGUCCAAGCUGGUGGACCCUGCAGAACAAGGUGCUUUAUUUGCUUCAGUAGCCUGUGUGGAGGGUCUCUGCUCACUAGUAUCUAGUGGGGUCUUUAAUGCACUUUAUCCUGCAACUCUACACUUCAUGAAGGGCUUUCCUUUUGUCUUUGGUGCCGCCAUCCUUCUCAUUCCUGCUGGCAUUAUUGGGGGCUUGGGUUGCCAGGAGAAGAGGGAGAGCAGAGAAAACAGAGAAGGAUUUGGGAUAUCCUGACAUUGAGUUAUCCUUGGACAAAGUAACUCCUAGAAUACAGGAUGAUUAUAGGAGUAGAUCCUGAAUCUGACUGCCAAUGAAGUUUACAAAAGGGACGCAUGUACAACUCAUGAUGACUUGGGCAUGGCAUACUUUUUUUUAAUUACAGUCUGGGAUCAAUAAGAUAUAUUUUAAGAUUUAAAUUUUGUUUUUGUUUUCAGCAAAGAUUUUUUCUAAUAUAUUGACAGAAUAUAAAUGGGUUAGAGACAAGCAAUUUGAUGCUUGAAAACCACACUUCCUUGACGCAUACACUUUGUAUGCAUUAUGCAAUUUUAAGAUUUCUGUUAUUAAUAUAUCUGCAUAUUAAAAUGAUUCCUGAAGGAUUAAGUGACAAUGAA